AUUCUUCUCUCUCUUAGCAAUGGCAUUCCCUUCAAUUCCAUUCCUUGUCUUUUUUUGCCUCUUAUUCCCUUCCCUCAUUGCCUCCUCUCCAACCCUACAAGACCCUGAACUAGUAGUCCAAGAAGUACAUAGGAAACUGAAUGUCUCGAGAAGAAAACUGGGGUUCCUGUCAUGCAACACAGGCAAUCCCAUUGACGACUGCUGGCGUUGCGACCCCAAUUGGGAAGAGAACCGCCAGAAGUUAGCUGACUGUGCGAUUGGAUUUGGCAAGAAUGCGAUAGGUGGUAAGGAUGGUGAAAUUUACGUGGUGACGGAUUCUGGAGAUGAUGAUCCCGUUAAUCCUAAGCCGGGAACGCUCCGCUAUGCUGUUAUUCAAGACCAGCCUUUGUGGAUUAUAUUUGCACGAGACAUGGUUAUUCAAUUGAAGGAGGAGUUGAUAAUGAACUCAUUCAAGACCAUUGAUGGUAGGGGGGCUAGUGUGCACAUUGCUAAUGGCCCAUGCAUUACCAUUCAAUACGUGACCAACAUUAUCAUACAUGGGGUUCACAUACAUGAUUGUAAGCAAGGGGGGAAUGCUAUGGUGAGGGACUCCCCACGACACUAUGGGUGGAGAACCAUAUCGGACGGGGAUGGUGUGUCGAUUUUUGGUGGGAGCCACGUAUGGGUUGAUCAUUGCUCGUUGUCCAACUGCAAUGACGGGCUGAUUGAUGCCAUCCAUGGAUCAACGGCUAUCACAAUUUCGAAUAAUUACAUGACUCACCAUAAUAAGGUCAUGCUAUUGGGACAUAGUGACUUGUAUCCCCAAGACAAGGGCAUGCAAGUAACAAUUGCCUUUAAUCACUUCGGAGAAGGACUUGUGCAAAGAAUGCCUAGAUGUAGACAUGGUUACUUUCACGUCGUGAACAAUGACUACACUCACUGGGAGAUGUACGCAAUUGGAGGCAGCGCCGCACCCACUAUCAACAGCCAAGGCAAUAGAUUUCUUGCUCCGAAUGACAGAUUCAACAAAGAGGUGACGAAAUAUGAAGAUGCAGCAGAAAGUGAGUGGAAGAACUGGAACUGGAGAUCAGAAGGGGACCUCAUGUUAAAUGGUGCAUUUUUCACGGCCUCUGGUGCUGGUGCCUCGUCGAGCUAUGCUAAGGCAUCGAGCUUAGGAGCCCGGCCGUCUUCCCUAAUUACCUCCAUCACCGCCGCCUCCGGUGCCCUAAACUGUAGGAAGGGCUCACGAUGCUAAAAGCUACUAGACAUCGUGGCCUAACACAGCCGUGUAUAUGAAUUUGAUUGUCACACUGCUUGAUAGUCUAAACAUCUCCAAGUUUAUGCACUA